CAAAUUCUUUGAAUCCUUCCCUUUAAAUCACUCCUCUCCUAUUCACCACUUUUACACCUCUAAAUCUCAUUUCGCCCUCUCUAUCUGUCUCUCUCUCUCUCUCUCUAGGGUUUCUUGGAGAUCUUUCCCAGUCUGGUUCUUCAAAAAACCCUAUUCUCUAGAUCUCAGUAAAAAAGAUGACUACUGCUACCAUCAACCAUCAUCAGUAUUCUGAAACUCAAGAUAAUACACCUUCUGCAAUGGCGGCUCCUACAACUACUGUUACGGCUGCUUCUUCUAAACAACCUGUUUCUUUAACCAAGACUGUCGAUACACAAUCUGUUCUCAAAAGGUUGCAAUCUGAACUGAUGUCUUUAAUGAUGAGUGGAGCUCCAGGGAUAUCUGCUUUCCCGGAGGAAGACAACAUAUUCAUUUGGAAAGGAACAAUUUGUGGAAGCAAGGACACUGCAUUCGAAGGGACCGAAUACAAACUCUCUCUUCAAUUCCCUGUUGAUUACCCAUUCAAAUCUCCCAAAGUGAAAUUUGAAACAAUGUGUUUUCAUCCUAAUGUGGAUAUGUGUGGGAACAUUUGUUUGGACAUAUUACAGGAUAAAUGGUCAUCUGCAUAUGAUGUGAGAACAAUACUGCUAUCUAUCCAAAGUCUGCUUGGAGAACCAAACACAAGUUCACCUCUCAACACUCAAGCAGCAGCACUUUGGACAAAUCAAGAAGAAUACAGGAAGAUGGUGCUGAAGACAUACAAACCACCUUCUGCUUAGCUUUCACAUGGAGGGAUUGUGCAGAAUAUAGGAAGAUGGUGCCGAAGACAUAAAAAUCACCUGCUAAUUAGCUUUUCAUGUGGAGGGAUUGUGCGCAGAAUAUAUGGUGCUGAAGACAUAUUCCACCUGCUACGUAGCUUUUCAUAUGGAGGGAUCUUUUAGCAGUUUGGAUUAUGCUGCAUUGCCCUUUUUGUUUCUUCUCUCAAACAUUCCAUUUUCAUUUUUCCCUGUGUGUAAGAGUGUACUGAGUUCACAUUUAUAAAAGAAAGUCAGUUUAUUUUACUGAUCAGCAAUUGGGUAA